GAUCAGGUUUGCGGUUGGUUGUCCUCAUUCUUUGGAACAUACGCGUGACUUGUAGUCGCCAGGUAGCUGCAAAGGCAAGUGAAGUGGGACUUGUUCUUGAGAAAUUCGCGGAUUGCCGUCAUUUGUUUUGCCCCUCGACCUUGUGGAGUUACGAUUAUGUUUUAAACAAAUGGAUCCAAACAGCAUGCCGACACUUGUGAUCUGAAAGGCGAUGAUCAGCGAGAGUACUGGCUCUGCGUGCCUGGCGAUCUAUCGGCCUCUCUCGGCUGUCUGUAUCACAGCAGCGAUUAAAUUGCUGAGUCUGGUCCACAAAUACUCGAAGUGUGGUGAGACCGAUCCAAGAGGCGGCAUGGGAGAGGUUAAGUCCCACUGUCAUCCCAGAGCUGAGGGGAGCAUGGAUGUGAACCUUGAAGAACAGGUUCCCAAUUCCAGGAGUCAUUAUCCUAAGGAAGCUGUGAAGAAAAGACAGGGAAACGUGAGCCGAGACUCGAGAGGGAGCACUUCAUCCCGAACCUCCAGGAAAAGCUUCAGACUGGAUUACCGUCUGGAAGAAGAUGUUACAAAAUCCAAGAAAGGCAAAGAUGGCAGAUUUAUCAAUCCAUGGCCAACAUGGAGUGCUCCUGCUCUCAGCAACGUGUUGAAGUUUGUUGUGAUGGAGAAAGACCACACAAACAUCCCAAGUUCAAAAGUGGAACUUGAUGAAGGAUUGCCAAUAAAAGAACCAUACUUUGUCAAAAACCCAGAACUGGUAGGUGAUGUGGGCAAUGGAAUCCGAGUGACGUGGUUGGGACAUGCGUCACUGAUGGUGGAAAUGGAAGGGCUCACUUUUCUGACAGAUCCCAUCUUCAGCCAACGGGCUUCACCAGUGCAGUUCUUUGGACCAAAGCGGUUCCGAAACCCACCCUGUACAGUGGCUCAAUUGCCCAAAAUAGAUGCUGUGGUUAUUAGUCACAACCAUUAUGAUCAUUUGGAUUACAAUACUGUGCUUGGUCUUAAUGAGCGAUUUGGGAGUGACUUGAGGUGGUUUGUACCAUUGGGUCUCUUGGGCUGGAUGCAGAAAUGCGGCUGUGAAAAUGUAAUCGAGUUAGACUGGUGGGAAGAAAACUGUGUCCCUGGGCACGAUGAGGUUACGUUUGUUUUUACACCUGUGCAGCACUGGAGCAAACGAACUGUAACAGAUGAUAACAAAGCACUGUGGGGCAGUUGGUGUGUCCUCGGACCCUGGAACAGAUUUUUUUUUGCUGGUGAUACAGGUUACUGUGUGGCCUUUGAACAAAUAGGGAAACGAUACGGACCAUUUGACCUUGCGGCAAUUCCUAUUGGAGCCUAUGAGCCAAGAUGGUUUAUGAAGUAUAACCACGUGAACCCAGAAGAGGCUGUGAGGAUCCACAUAGAUGUUCAAGCAAAGAAGUCUGUAGGAAUACAUUGGGGAACAUUUGCUUUAGCCAAUGAGUACUACUUAGAACCACGAAGAAAACUCGAAGAAGCUCGAGAAAGAUAUGGAUUGAAACCGGAGGAUUUCUUUGUUUUGAUGCACGGAGAAUCAAAGAAUUUGAGUGAGAACAAAGGUUUUCAAUGAUAAUGCAAAUAAAUUAUAAACAGUGUGAUUGUCUCACAUGGAACAGGUCAUGUUUGAUACACCUUUCUGACACUCAUUGUCUUUAAUUUUGGGUUGAACUUACGUUGAAGUACUAUUAGUUUAUUAAUUGUCAUACUUCGUUUAUCCUACUGAAUGUGCUCUUAAACAUAAACAUAGUGUACACUUUGCAAAGUAAAUUUCUUUUCCUUACUCUUGAUUAAACCUUCAGUUAAAGCUCUGAACAGCAGAAAACUGUUUACUACACAAAUUAAAAGAUAUACUGGGCUUGGUUUACACAAAUUAAAACUGUUAAAAUAUUUUCAAUUUGUGUUUAUUAAUUAAAGCCCUUAAAAUGUUUAUUUUAUCAAAUUACCAGUCAGUUGGCACUUGGUUGAUAAAGCUUUAUGGAUGUUGCAGUAUCAAUUGCCUAAAGGGAAAACUCUGAUCGUCUUCCAUUCCAGGCGCACGCCACCUGAUACUUGCAUGUUUGCCAAAAUAAUUGAGAUUGCAGAGUUAAAUAAUGCAUAUUUUGAGCAUGUGAACUGCAUAAACAUUACUGUAACUAAACACUGUAUAUAAACAGUUAUCUCUAUUCAAUUUCUGUUAUAAUCUGGAUUUUGAAAUGGAAGGUGGCCUUAAGCCAUGUGCCUUUUGAAUUGAUACCAUGGUGGUACACAAAGAUGUAGAUUAUCGUGUUUCUUUUCUGAAUGAAUGGUCCCAUGGGCCUGAGCUAUAUGAUUGCUUUUAUUAUGAAGCUAAAAAUAUGCUACAUAAUUCAGGAUGAAAUCCAGAAAUAAUUAUGUUACCCAGGUGUUUGCAAAUCUCUUAACCCAGCUGUUUCAAAUGUGCUUUGCUGCAAUGGUGGCUCUGUUUCAUAAGUUAAUUAACCCCUAUUUUGUAUUAUUGGCUGUUUUACAAAUAACUUGAUUCUCCAAUCAGAUGAGAGAUAUUUUGUAGAAGACACAAAAGACUGCAGACAUUGGAAAACUAGAGCAAAAAAAACAAACUGAUGGAGGAACUUCAUGGGUCAGGCUAACAGCGGUGGAGGCAGAGGAAUAUUUGAUGCCCCGGCUCAAGACCCGAUGCAAAUGUCAAUUAUCUCCGCCUUCAGAGAUGCUGCCCGACUUGCUGAGUUCUCAAGACAUUUGCUUUUUUCUAGGAGGUAUUUUAAUUGUUUGUAAUCAAUUAUAUUUAGAGGUGGGCAGGUUAUAUUAAAAAUGGUAGUACCUACACCUUGGAUUUAUUUCCCCAUUAUUAAAAAAUACAUUAACAGAAGUAUAAUUGGCUAAUGGUUACCUUUUAAAUAUAAAAUGCUUCAUUGAUUAACACUAGAUACCCAUGCAGCUGUAACUGAGUAGGAGCCCACCAUCUGUCUUUAUAAAUAUUAGAAAUGUAAACUUUUAAUAUGUAAAAAAAUGUGAUAAAAUGUAAGAUUUGGAUUCAAAAUUCAAUCUUCCAAUUACAUUGUUCGGAAUAAAAAUUGAAAGUCA